AUGGCGGGGUCGUUUGUGCUGGACUUUGACUGGGAUGCACCGUUGACGGAGAAGCACUUGUAUGCUUGGGAGUGGUCCAAGGAUGCGGCGGCGCUGCGGCGUAAUGUGCAGCGUCAUGUGCUGUAUCAACAGCUGGAUAUUGUGUCGCCGCAGGCGGAGAAGCUCUUGGACGCGGCCGCCAUUCCAAGCUACAACAGCACGAUGACGCUCUCCCCGAGCGACCUGAUUGCACUCAUCCUUGAUCAUCCCGAAGGUCUUUGUCUUGCCAUCGCUGCCGCGAAGCCACCCCUUGUCCGUAUCGAUUCCACCCAAGGCAUUCACCAUGCCAUCUUGCACAGGAUUGACACUUGCGUCUCUGCCACAUUCCGAUGA